GGAGUCGUUGCUUGUAAGUAAGUUGUAUUGUCGAGAAAAUCGGUGUACCACACAAUCGCUUAUAAAAAACGAGAUGGCAAUCAUGGUGAAUUUGCAUAGUCGGCUCUAUCCCUCAAGGAAGAUACCACUUUCAGGUAAAGUUACUCUCUAUGUAUCAUGCCUUCUCCUUACUUAGCUUUGUUCAUCUUUAUCACGAAGAAAAAUUACCCACGACUAGAAAGUGGAGAUGACACACACUGACUGACCCUAGGAGCACAGGGCGGAGAUGACGCACACAACUGACUAACAUCACAUUCACGUACUUACAAGAAAAAUGUGAUCAUCUGACCGUUCGCGGUGGAGUGGUAAUCAUGCCACACACACUGAACACCGCUUUCCUUUCAGGUGAUUGCUCAUCCUGCUGGGAUGGCACACGGCGAAUCCUUUCGACAUCACUCGUCGGGAAUUCUUCUAGUAAGCGUCUAGCAUCGUCUACCGAUCGUCUAGCUUCGUCUUUCACGGAUGUAGACGAGCAUGAUCCAGACGAAGAUGCCGAGAGUGGCGACCAAGAGGGGAGUGGCGUCGUGGAUUAUGUGAAGAAAGUUAUGCUGAUUGUUCAAACUUCUAAUUAGCUGAUUCAUCUCAUGUUUCUCGAUGGAUAAGAGUGGUAUCGCUGUCUAUUAUAAGUAAAUAAAAUUCCACCUUUUUAUAUUGACAAGAUCAUGUGUCUCUAAGGCUAGGGCCACGACCACGCAGUAUGGUCGGACAGCGCGAACGAACGAGAAAUGUAAGUGCUCAGCGGGGGUACUAGAUUUAAAUGGCGGAAAGAGCACGGAAGCGGCGCAAACUAGUCAGGAGUUACAGGUAUCCACGUUUGAUGAUCAUUGCUUUGUGUUCUUUGUCAAGGACCAAGUCGUGCUGUACCUCUACUAUAAAUGCGUGCAUUGAGUAGAUUUUUGAUUUUUUUACCAACUUCAUGUUUAUUCCCAUUUUGACAAAAUCAUGUAAUCGAAAACCAUCAACUUCAUUCCCAUUUAUUUGAUAAAAUCAUGUCAUUGAUUAUACAUAAAGAAACAUUUUUUGCAAAACUAGGAGCGUCUCCGUUCUGCAGCGGAGCUCUCGUCAGGGACAAAAAUGGAAAAGCGGAGAAUAUUAAGGCUUACCCGAAUCCAUCUUCUGAAACAUCCCCAAAUGGACUUCCAAGGAAAAAAGGGAAGCGGGAUGCUUCUCGAGAUGGAUUAGGGUGGGCUCUAAGAAUAGCAUGGGAAAGCAAAAGACGACUCUUUGAACGCCAAUUGCACGAAUUUGAGAGCGCUUACCUGGAGUUCGAUCGAGCUCGUGGCAUCCGGGAUGACGCUUAUGCCGGCGUCAAACAAGUUUGGCUAGAGCAGUGCAGAGCCUUACAAUUUUAUGAACAUUUCUUUGUAAGUACUCAAAAGUAGAUCUCAAAUGCUACAUAAGAUGAGGUUCCAUGACACGACAUACAUCAUCUCCUAGGAUCAUUAUGCUCUGUGUUGUCGCUCAGCAAUAGUCAACAAUUUAGAAUCACACUACCUGAUACAUUGAAGGUGGAUCUGAAUUACAAAACUAGAACACGGUGAUCAUACAUACUCAUACUCUGUUCUUAGACUAACUAGUUGUACCCUAAGCCCUUUUCUUCUUCAUGCAAAAGACAAAGAGGUGGAGCUCGAUUGUGGGCGUUUAUACCGUGAAGCCACGCAUCAGCUGUACACACGGAAGCUCCCCCCAACCUGCCCCUUUGGAGCAGUCUCCGUCGUCCCACCCUUCGCCUCCGACAUCGAGCGAGCAAGGAUGAAGUUCGGCUCUUUGUUGGGGAUGUUUUUCUGAAGACACCCUCACAUGCUUCUACGUUGGGGAUGCUUUUCUGAAGACACACAUUCACAUUUUAGGUAGUGAUGAUAAUUUCCAAGAAGCAAGUUGAUGAUUCUGAUUGUUGUAAGUAGUAUCUUCUGAUUGUUGUAAGUACUCAAGUAUCUCUUCCUUGCAUAGAAUUAGAAACAUCGAUCAGUGGUCGCUUAUGAUUGCAUCUCAGAAGUGGAGAUUCUACAGUUACGUAGGCAAAGUCAGUGAUUCUAUGUAGCAGUGCUACGUUCUCCCGUUUACGGACCUGCCUUUCAGGCAAUUUUGCAACUAUCAUUUGAAGACAAUGCAUGUUUCUGCACGACACUGUCAACAUGGAAAUAUCAGGGGAG